AUGAAGCAAAUUGAGACUCAAGUGCUCAUUGUCGGCGCCGGACCAGCGGGAUUGGCCGUCGCCGCCUGUCUUAACAAAGCCGGAAUCAGAAACCUUCUUCUCGAAAGAGAGGAUUGCUAUGCCUCUCUUUGGAGGAGAAGAUCGUAUGACCGGCUAAAGCUUCACCUCGCGAAACAAUUUUGUGAGCUUCCUCACAUGUCAUACCCUAAAGACACACCCACAUUCAUGCCCAAAUCCGAUUUCGUUCGCUACCUCGAACGUUACGUUUCUCAUUUUGGGAUCAAACCCUUGUGCGAAAGGAACGUUGAGUCUGCAGAGUUCAAUCCCCGUGCCCAGAGGGAUCCCCGUGCCCGGAGGUGGCUCAUGCGGGUGAUGAACCGAGCCUCGGGUGAGCACGAGAUCUACACGGGAAGGUUUCUUGUGGUUGCCACCGGGGAAAACGCCGACGGAUUCAUCCCAAAGGUGGAUGGUUUAGAUGGGUUCAAAGGGAAGUGCAUUCACUCAUCUAUGUACAAGAAUGGCAAAGAGUUCAACGGUGAAAAUGUCCUUGUCGUCGGUGUUGGCAAUUCCGGCCUCGAAAUCGCUUACGAUCUCUCCAACUAUGGUGCAAAAACUUCCAUCGUUUGUCGUGGCAAGGUGCAUAUAGUGAACAAGUAUAUCGUGUUCUUGGGGAUGAUGCUGUUGAGCUUUUUGCCAUUGAAUAUGGUCGAUAUAAUAGUUUUGUGGCUAUGCAAUUUCUGGUUCGGAGACACUUCCCGGUACGGUAUGCCACGGCCGACCGCCGGACCGUUUCAUCUCAAAGUGACAAAGGGAAGAUCCCCAACCAUUGAUGUCGGGGCCAUGCCCAAGAUUCAUACCGGACACAUCAAGGUCUUCCCGGCGAUCUCGAGCAUUAGAAACGACGAUGUCGUGUUCACAGAUGGAAGGGUUUGUCGUUUCGAUGCUCUCAUAUUUGCCACGGGCUAUAGAAGAACAUUUAAAGAUUGGCUAAAGGGCUCAGAAGACUUGUUUCCGACUCAGUUUAAAGAGAAUGGAAUUUACUUUGCUGGAUUCGGGAGGAAUGGAUUGUUCGGAAUCUCAAAGGAUGCAAAAAAUAUUGCAGCUGAUAUUUCGGUCUUAAUUAAAAAUUAG